AUGCCCGGGCCAUCAUCGCCAGACCAGACGGCAGGAUCCUAUCAAUGGCCUGAGUUGUUGUUGCCGGAAGUCAAUCAACGUGAAUUCCAACAACACACCGCCAACGACACCGCCAACGACACUGCCAACGACACUGCCAACGACAACAAGAACGACAACAAGAACGACAACAAGAACGACAACAAGAACGACAACGCGAAAGGCAAAGGCAAUAUCAUUUUCAACGCCAACAAAAUUCAAAUCCAACACUAG